AUGUCCAUGGAAGAAAGCAUCAGUCUCGAGGAGACUAACAAGAUCCGUAUCUCUCUCGGUCUUAAGCCACUUACAGAUGACAGUGCGCCAGCGGACGAUAAAGACAAGCAGGCGGAGGAUAACUAUGCGAGACAACGAGAGAAGGAAGCCAAAGAUAGGGAGGCAAGGAAAAUUCAGGAUAAUAUCGCAAAGGUGAGAAAUCGGCGAGAGCUUAAUGCAAAAUUGAAAGGUACUACGCUCGGUGACGCGGAUGGUCAUGUAGACGAUACCAUGAAAUGGAUCAAGAAGAGCAAGAAGAGGGAGAAAGAGCUGGCAAAAAAGCGGCAGGAGGAGCUUGAGAAUAUGGACAAGGUCUUUCAAGCGGAGUAUACGGAACAGGACCUGGCAGGCUUGAAGGUCAGCCAUGAUUUUGACGCCAUGGAGGAGGGCGAAGCGCGUAUACUCACACUCAAAGAUAGUCGUAUAUUGGAUAAUGAAGAGGAUGAACUUCAGAACGUCGAGCUUGCAGAAGACGAACGGACGAAAAAAAAUAACGAGUUGAAGAUCAAGCGACGUGAUUAUACAGGAUAUGACGACGAAGAAUUUACACCUGGACAUGCAGGCUUGAAGCGAUCCGUUCUGGCGAAAUACGACGAAUUUUUAGAAGGACCCAAAGAGAUGGGUUUCCGGCUUGGGAGCUCUACGGACGCGGUGCAAUUGAAGAAAUCAGAACAGGAAGGUGCCUCUGCUACCUCUGUCAAUAAGUCUCUGUUAUCUAUAGAUUAUGCCAAGAACUUGGAAUCGGCAGAUUAUUUAAAAGAGGGGGAUAUAGGAUUCAAGAAGCCCAAGACGAAGAAGAAACGGUCUUCUCGCCGGGUUCCCGAGGAAUCCGACGUCCCCCCAGUCAACGGUGACGAUCAGAUGCAGGUAGACGGGAGGUCGAUUAUCCCCCGACCGCGCAAUCUGGACGCCAAUUUCGUAGAUGACGACGAACUUCAAGCAGCACUCGCCCGUUCUCGUCGCGCAAAAUUGCAAAAGACGAAGAAACUGUCACCGGAGGAGAUCGCUAAAAGAGUUGCUGAGGAACGCGCCAAAUCGGAGGCACAGAAUGGCGAUUCCUCUUUCAAUGUAGAAAAUGGCGGUGACGGGGAUGAGGAAAGUGGUCUGACGUUUGACGACACCUCGGAAUUCGUCCGUGCUAUUACAUAUGAUCCAGUUGCUAUUAAGAAGGAGUUACCAACUGACGCUCUUUCGAGCGCUCCAUCAAAGGUUCGGUCGCCGUCGAUCGAUGUGAAGACGGCAGAGGGGGACGAAACUAUGGAAGAGCUUGAAGCAGGCGAGGUAGUCGUCAAGGAGGAGGAUGACGAUGACGAAGAAAUGCUCAAUGCCAUCGAGAACGCUAUCAGGGAGACGGAGGAGAUGGAGAAAGUUGCAGCGGAGAAUCCAGACGUACCAGUUGGUACGCUCAGUGAACAGACGUACAGCUCUGGCCUGGCAUCUACGCUUAAUAUUCUUCGCAGCCAGGGAAUUCUUGCGGCUCCAACUGCUGAUCAGCGAGAACGAGAGAAAGUACAAUUGCAAAGGGAUCUUUGGCUAGCGGACUACAGGCAGAUGGUCGCACAGCGCGAACUGGAGCGAACGAAGACGCGCGGUGGCAACAGGGACCAGGCCACGCGCGAGUACGAAAAUCGUGUUCGGGAACAGCAGGAGGCACGACAGAAUCUGGAGGCUUAUAGGGACUACAAGCCUGACGUGAACAUCGUGUAUUACGAUGAAUUUGGACGAGAGCUAACUCCAAAAGAGGCUUGGAAGGCGCUCUCCCACAAAUUUCAUGGCAAAGGUUCUGGUAGGAUGAAGACGGAGAAGCGGUUGAAGAAGAUCGCCGAAGAGAAGAAGAAGGAAGCUAUGGCAAGCGGUGACACCCCCUUGAGCAUGAAUCAGGCGUUUCAGAUUCGCCAGGAGAAAGCAGGACAGGCUCACUUCGUGCUCUCCGUUGGUAACAGAGGUGCCGUGCCCCAAGCGGCAGAAUUUCUUGAUCCCCAGCCGCUAUCGAAGGGCAAGACAGACAAGAAGAACAAGAAGAAGAAUGCCGGCAAGGUUCCUGCCCCACAGUUAGAAACCACGGGUUUUAUAACCCUUCCUGCUCCCUUGACUAACGGUGGCAGCCCUAUGUUCAUGGGUUCGCCAGCUAUGAUCUCUGGAGCAGCUUCCACGAGCAACGGCUCCCCCGCUCCUAAGCCCGGAUUUUCACGAAUAUCAGCUGCUGCAGAUCUCACAGACUCUCCGAAGGAGGGGACACCUGUACCAAACGAUCGCACUAAACUGGUUAUCGGGCUUGGCGCCAAGCGAAAGGCGAUUGGGGAGGCUGGAUCUCCACCGCCGAAGAGACGAUAA